AAAUAAAGUCUUGACAGACAGACAGACGGACUACAAAGUGAUGUUAUAAGGGUUUCGUUUGUUCUUUUUGAUGUACGGAACACUUAAAAAUUUAAAUACGCACAUACAGCCAACUCCAAUCUAUUUUACGGUAUACUUUCGCCCCUGAGAUAAGGGGUAUAAAUGUACUUGAAACUUCCAGUUCUGUUUAUUACUAUAUCACUAGUCAUUAUGUGUUAACAUUAUAAACAAAUUUGGGAUUUUUAAACAUUUAGCUUGUCGUAGACUUCAAUAUGUUUGCUCCAUGUUUAUUACUGUUGUUUAUUUUGGGUUCCAUUAAUGCUGACGAAGCACCUUUACGUUGCGACUUCAAUGAUACACUCUGCGGUUGGAGGAAUGACGAAAGUGCUGACGUUCAAUGGAAUUUUUAUAAUGUUUCUGUUGGGAUCUACGCCUUUUUUGAUGACGACGCGUACAGAACAGCACGCUUGGUCUCUCCCAUUUACGACUAUGUUUUAGUGGAGGAUGGUUGUUUCCACUUGGAGUGCAGUCACGAUGGGUACGAUAUAAAACUCAGAGUCUACCAAGUGCCGGUGUCAAUUGGAGUGAACGGGUUACUCGCGUCUACCGAAGAGAUAAAAAGAAAAUAUAUUAUACAUGAAACAGCAUAUAAUGGCAAUGCACUCAUACCGAUGCAUUUGAAUCCUGUAUCAAUGUUUCUUCCAGGUUAUGCAGAAAAGUUCCAGAUCGUAAUCGAAGCUUCCGCCAGUGAAUUGACAUUCGUCUGUUUAGAAAAAUAUGAAAUAUUUCGAGGAAAAAAGUGCGUUGAAGCAGCCAACGCAUCUGUAACCCCUCCACCUGUAAACCGAAACGAAGACCUGCAAACAGUAACAACAACAGAACCGUCAUCAACAACAACAGAAGAUUUAUCAUCAACAACAGAAGAUUUACCAUCAACAACAAAAGAUUUGCCAUCAACAACAGAAGAUUUACCAUCAACAACAGAAGAUUUGCCAUCAACAACACCAUUACCGCCGACAACAACAACUCAGUCAGCAACAACAGCGGCCACAGUACCGAUGACAACAGCUCCGCCGCCAAUAACAAUGGUUUUUCCGGCAAUGGGACAACUUUCAUGGCUUAACGGUACGCAGCCAAAAGUUAUAGAGUGGACUUACACGUAUCGACAGUACUAUAAAUAAAUAAAUAAAUAA